AUAUCAUCAGCAAUUCAAUGGCGGCCAAGAAUGUGAGUUUGGCUUCUUUGGACCAGAAGUUGGCCAUGGCCAAACGUUACUCUCAUGAGGGCGUAGUUGCAGGAGCUAAAGCAGCUGUGGCUGCCACCAUUGCAACAGCUAUUCCAACAUUGGCUAGUGUGAGAAUGGUGCCAUGGGCAAGAGCCAAUUUAAACCCAACAGCACAGGCACUGAUAGUCUCAACAGCUGCUGGGAUGGCUUACUUCAUUGUGGCUGACAAGACUAUUCUUGCUACGGCUCGCCGGAACUCCUUCAAGAAUGGCUCAGUCUCCGGCAACAUUCAAGCCUGAUCUUGAUUAUAUAUAAUUAUUAUAUGCAUCAUAUUUUAUCUGAUCUCCCUGCUACUCAAUCCCAUUCAUUUCAAGAAGGGGAGGGUAGGGGGUGGAGUUCUGUUUGGAUGUAUGAGUAAUGAGUAUGAAUGUAUGAUGAAUGAUGAAUACUUGUUCUAUGACCAACACUGUUUCUGUCAAUAUAAACAAAAAGUUGGUUUUUCCCAGA